AAAAGCAAAGAGGAGCAUACUAAAAUGUCACCUGAAGUUGCCUUGAACAGAAUUUCUCCGGCACUCUCACCCUUCAUUUCCAGUGUGGUCAGAAAUGGAAAAGUAGGACUGGAUGCUACUAAUUGUUUACGGAUUACAGACCUGAAAUCUGGCUGUACGUCCUUGACCCCUGGACCUAGCUGUGAUCGGUUUAAGCUACAUAUCCCUUAUGCUGGAGAAACGCUCAAAUGGGAUAUAAUUUUCAAUGCUCACUAUCCUGACCUGCCACCAGAUUUUAUCUUUGGAGAGGAUGCUGAAUUUUUGCCUGAUCCUUCUGCCUUGCAUAAUUUAGCCUCUUGGAAUCCUUCAAACCCUGAAUGCCUCCUGCUUGUUGUGAAAGAGCUUGUGCAGCAGUAUCACCAAUUUCAGUGCAGCCGAUUGCGUGAGAGCUCUCGUCUCAUGUUCGAAUAUCAGACUUUACUUGAAGAGCCGCAGUAUGGAGAAAACAUGGAAAUCUAUGCUGGCAAAAAAAACAACUGGACUGGAGAAUUCUCAGCUCGCUUCCUCUUGAAGUUGCCUGUAGAUUUCAGCAAUAUUCCUACAUACCUUCUGAAGGAUGUGAAUGAAGAUCCUGGAGAAGAUGUUGCACUUCUCUCCGUUAGUUUUGAAGAUGCAGAAGCUACUCAGGUUUUUCCAAAACUGUAUCUCUCCCCGCGUAUUGAACA